AUGUUAUGGGUCGCUGUGUACAACUGGGUCCAAUGCUAGCAGACGUUAGCCCGCGUGAGUUCCCAAAGCAAAACCCAUUGAGAUUCCCAAUAUGCUGACAAACGACUCAGUUCAAACGAAUAGACAUGCCUCCGCUCAGAAGACGAACUCAAAGGUGGGUGUGAAGCGUAUUGAUGCUGCACUUGACGCCCUUCGCGCAAUGGGCUUCCCUGAAGCUUUGGUUCGCAGAACCGUCAGAAAUCUCCUGAAGGUUUAUGGUGGUGAUGAAAGUUGGAGUUUUAUUGAAGAGAAUUCUUACAGGCUUCUCAUUGAUUCCAUCCUUGAGGAGCAAGAGAAAUCUGAGAGGGAAAAUUAUGAACCAAAGCUAUUGGAAAACAGCGAUCCUCCAUUGUUGAUUGAGAAUGGAGUAUCAAAGGAUGACGUUGUUCAGGACAAUGCUGAAGAACAAGUGAACUCCAUUCAUGGUCAGUCCAAGCGAGUUCCGUCACCAAACAUUGAAUCCUCAGCAACAAAAACACUAGCUCUGCAAGUUUCAGAACCAGUGGAAGCUGUUCCAUGCUCUAAUGGCGAAACCUGCGAUGCCAAGCUUGGAAGAGCGUCACCCACUUCUCAGAUCUCAGCAGGGAUGUGCUCCUCACAGUUGUUUUGUCUGCCACAAGUUGAAUCUCUUCCUGCCCAAAGGAGUAAACCUUGCUACGGCUGGCUUAGUGAUGAUGAGGAAUGAGGCAGAGCAAGUGGACCGAAUGCCAGUCUCUUCUUCUUCACCAUUUCAAAUUCUUUUGGCAAAUUGGAUUGAAGAUUUCAGCAUUGCAAGAAACUAAAUUUUGUAUAAAAUUCUGGUGUAAAAUGUUUUUGUUAUUAAGUAUGACUUCUUUUUGUUUUAUUUCCUCUAAAACAGGACGUUUUUAUAAUCAGAAUCUAAAUCAGUGGUCAGUAUGUAUCCGUUCAAUGUAAAACAGUCAAAAUAAUCGGGUGGCAUAGGCGGAUCUAAGCUGAAAUUGGUGGUUUUAAUUCAAAAUUGAAUAUUCAA